UUGCACGUUUGGUUCCGCCUGUGUCGGGGCCACUGGCUCCGUCAGGGAACACUAAGAAUGGAACCUUGCCGUGGUAUUAUGAAAGCUUUCCCUAAAGUUAAAAGGGCCAAAGCUUUGCAGGGGAAUGGUGCACCACCAGUGAAGAAGAAGCUUGGUGACUGUGAUGCCACAGGAGACAUCUUCAAUGAUGUCAACAUCUUCAUCCUGCCUGCCGGAAUCGGAAGUGCCCGAUGUCAAAUCUUCCAAAGGCAAAUUCAGCAGAAUGGUGGUCAAAUCGAAAGUUCAUUGUGUCCUGGCGUCACUCAUGUUGUUGUUGAUGACACCAUGGACUGUGAAAGGGCUCUUCGCCUGCUGAAGGUGGAUCGUAUGCCCUCUGGAGUCCAACUGGUGAAAUGCAGUUGGCUCAGUUCCUGCAUCAGCGAGAAACAUCUACUUGAUGUUGACAGUUACAGUCUUCUAGUGAAGAGAGAUCUUGAUACACCAAGUGAAAACAUCAAGGAACCCCUGGAGAAGAAAACGGUCACUGAAAAUAACCUAGUGAGCCAUCAGAGCAAGCAGCAGGAGCUUCCAGAGGUUUCUGUGACUCUUCCAGAAAGCAAAGACGGAGCACAUAGAGAAGAUGAUGGGGUCUCCAACAGUGACCUUGAAGCUCUUAUCUCUGGUCUCCACCCCAAAGAAGAGACUCCCGGUCCAAGCCUAGAUCCUGGUCUAGAAUCUGGUGCUAGUCAUCAGGGUCUGUCAGGAAAGUGGGUGUGUGCCCAGUCCUCUCACACCAAAGCAAAUAACCACAAUAAACACCUGACGGACAAACUGGAGCAACUGGCCAAGGCGUAUACACACCAGGGCGACAGGUGGAGGGCGCUGGGAUACUCCAAAGCUGUUAAUGCACUGAAGAGCUAUCACAAACCUGUGACGUCCUAUCAGGAGGCUUGUCAGAUUCCUGGCAUUGGAAAACGUAUGGCGGACAAAAUUGAUGAGAUCAUGGAGAGUGGUCACCUGCGGAAGUUGGACAACAUUGGAGAAGCUGUGCCUGUUUUGGAGCUCUUUACUAAUAUCUGGGGAGCGGGGGCUAAGACGGCACAAGCCUGGUACCAACAGGGAUUUCGUACUCUGGAGGAUAUCCGCACCAAAGCCCACCUGACCAGCACCCAAAAAAUUGGACUCAAGCACUACGAUGACUUCCUGGACAGAAUGCCAAGAGAAGAAGCUGCUGCCAUUGAGAAAGUGGUGAGGGAUGCUGCUCUGUCUGUGGUCCCUGGCCUGGUGGCUAUAGCCUGCGGCUCUUACCGUCGUGGGAAGGCAACAUGUGGAGACGUUGAUGUGCUGAUCACCCACCCAGACAGAGUUUCACACAAAGGGGUUUUCGGCAAAGUGCUGCAGAUUCUCCAUGACAAUGGUUUCUUGACCGAUGAUCUGGUAAGCCACGAGGAGAACGGGGAUCAGAAGAAGUACAUGGGUGUGUGUCGACUCCCUGGCGUGGACCGCCGUCAUCGCAGGCUGGACAUCAUCGUGGUGCCGUACAACGAAUUCGCCUGUGCUCUCAUGUACUUCACCGGAUCAGCACACUUCAAUAGAUCCAUGAGAGCGCUUGCAAAGACAAAAAGCAUGAGCUUGUCUGAGCAUUCGCUGAACCAGAGUGUGGUGAGGCAAGGUACCGCCAAGGUCUAUGCCGGGACUCCACUUCACACCGCGACUGAGAAGGAUGUCUUUAACCUCUUAGGUAUCCCUUUCAGGGAGCCGAGUGAACGCGAUUGGUGACGCUUUGCUGCUUUUUUAUUUUAUAUAUGGUUGAUACAUCCAAAUUUUCUAUUUUUUUAACAAUUAUUUUAACAGGAAUGUGAGCCUCAAUUCAAUGUACGCUGCUACUUCGAUUCAAGGACAAAUGUCUAUAGCAGAACAAUUGUUUUUAUCAAGAAGGCUUCAUCGAUCAUGUUCUCAAUAGAUUCAAGGUCAUUCGGGGUAGGAUGAUGCCAUUUUAGUUUACUUUACAGAGUGAAUGUAAACUCCUCAUCACUUCACUACACAGCUUUUACCUCUUUUAAGCAGCACGCAUGUUGAUAGUUUAUCAACACAACAAUCCUGACAACGCAUGUACUCAACUUAAAUAAUAAUCAAUAAAUAAUAAAUAUCUGGGCCUGUUGUGUGUUCUUGGUAUUAUCAGUCUUAUGAUACCAUCAAAUACAGUUGGUGUUGGAAAAUUUAAAACAUUUUAUUUACGUUUUUGGAACUGGUGCCGUGGUUUGUGUUGUCGCCUCACUGUGAGAACGCUGUGGUUUCGAAUCCAGGCUCCAGACACGAUGAGAGCUUCAAAUA